AUGGAAUCACAAACUAAAGCUACUUUACAAAUUAAAAACGGUCCUUCUUUCUCCGGUUAUUCUUUUGGAGCUUCCAAUUCGACAGCAGGAGAGGCCGUAUUUACAACUUCUUUAGUUGGUUACACAGAAUCUAUUACAGAUCCUUCUUAUUGUGGCCAAAUUUUGGUCUUUACUCAACCUUUGAUUGGAAAUUAUGGUGUCCCAUCUUCUACUGCAUUAGAUGAAUUCAAUUUAUUAAAAUUUUUCGAGUCACCACACCCUCAUAUCAAAGGUAUUGUAGUAUCAGACUACUCCCAACAAUAUUCCCAUUGGACUGCUAUUGAAUCCUUAGGUGAGUUUUGUAAAAGAGAAAAUAUCACUGCAAUUGCGGGUGUAGAUACUCGUGAAAUUGUACAAUAUUUAAGAGAACAAGGUUCAUCUUUAGCAAGAAUCACUAUUGAAAAUGAUACUUCUGUCGAAUACAUCAACCCAAUGGCAGAUUUAUUAGUUUCAAAAGUUUCUACAAAAAAACCUUAUUUUAUCAAGUCUUUAUUACAUGAACCUGUGGCAAAUAUUGCAUUGAUUGAUUGUGGUGUUAAAGAAAAUAUCGUUAGAUGCUUGGUUUCAAGAGGUGCUAAUGUAACAGUACUACCAUAUGACUAUGAUAUUCAAACUAUUGCAAAGAAUUUCGAUGGUAUUUUUAUUUCAAACGGUCCAGGGGAUCCAAAAUCUUGUCAGGUUACAAUUAAUAAUUUGAAAAAACUAUUGAAUGACGAAACAUUAUACUCUUUACCAAUAUUUGGAAUUUGUUUAGGUCAUCAAUUACUAGCCCUUGCUGCUGGUGGUACCACCAAGAAGAUGAAAUAUGGUAACAGAGCUCAUAAUAUUCCUGUCAUGGAUUUAAUUAAUGGACAUUGCUAUAUAACUUCUCAAAAUCAUGGUUAUGAAGUUGAUAUCGAUUCUCUAUCCGACUCAGAUUGGAAACCUUAUUUUGUCAAUAUUAACGAUAAAUCAAAUGAAGGCAUGAUUCAUUUGACGAGACCAAUAUUUUCUACUCAGUUCCAUCCUGAAGCUAAAGGGGGUCCUUUGGAUACUUCUGUUUUAUUUGAUAAAUAUUUCAAUGAUAUUGCGAAAUAUAUUGCUAAUAAAAAUUCGGCCAAUGAUAAUUCGAUUGUUUUAAAAUUAAAUGCCAAUUUGGCUAAAUAUAAUUUAAUCCCGACAUCUUUACCAAAUCAAAGAAUCCUUGCUUGA